UGUCGUCUAGGUAGUCUGCACAAAUGUCGUCUAGGUAGUCUGCACAAAUGUUGUCUAGGUAGUCUGCACAAAUGUCGUCUAGGUAGUCUGCACUCUGGGUUUGAGACGCAGCCCGCUCUCGUCACGUGACCGGGUUAGUUUACGAAGCCGAAAUCGGCCAGAUACGCGACGAUCUCCUAAAAAUGAUCAUGAUCUGCUGGAAAAAUCAGUCCGACACAACCAUGACGAGCAGACGACCCUCGGCGGUAUGGCUCACUUAAACGAGCUGUGUCUUUUAGAGCAUUUUCGUGUUUCUUGUUGGUGGCUGACACAUUUAUUGGGACGCGGCAGCAGAUCAGUGUGGAAGCGGACCGAGACAAAGGGAAAGGCUUUCAUAGCUAGAAUGCUUCUGGCCUAAAAGAAGCCAAGAGGAAAUACAGCAGCGACGACUGAAGUGGGAAAGCUGCCGAUCAAGAAACUGUGCCUCAAAGUGGACGCUACUAAACGAGAGGGAGCCAUUGCUGGGAAGAACCAUCGAGUUGUCUGGAAUUUUCUCUCUCAAUCCUCUUGCAAUGGUUCAUUGGUUGAGGCCAUGGCCUCUCAGUCAGGCAACAUGAACCGUGAAGACCGGAAUAUGCUCCGUAUGAAAGAAAGGGAAAGGAGAAAUCAAGAAAUCCAGCAGGGAGGAGAGGCCUUUCCAGCUAACUCUCCCCUCUUUCCUGAACCUUAUAAAUCCUCAAAGGAAGAUAAACUCUCAAGUCGCAUCCAGAGCAUGCUGGGAAAUUACGACGAGAUGAAGGAAACCAUCGGUGAACCCCCAAUGUCCAAACUCAUUCCCAAAGCCUCCAGCUCCUCCUCGGACGAUAAAUCCGGCCAGUACGCUGACCAGCGUAGCGGAGGCGCCCAGAGUCAGAACAGUAAAUGGACUCCAGUCGGCGGCAUCUCUUCCACAUCCUGCUCGUCGACCUCAACUUCCUCCUCCUCGCAGAAGCGCUCAUCCGUGCAGGGCAGCCACGGCAGCAGUCAGCGCAGCGGCGGUCAGCGACACGAGCGAGACUACAGCAGCAGCAGCAAGAAGUCCAGCAAGCACGGCUCCGAGCACAAAUCCCACUCCAGCCCGGCCAAGGGCCCCAUGAGCUCCGGCGGACACUCGCGCGGGCAGCAUCCCAGCCAGAGCUUCCCGCCCUCGCUCAUCAAACCCAGCUCCAUGAUCCAAAAACCCACCGCUUAUGUGCGGCCCAUGGACGACCGGGAAACGGCCGAGCCCAAGACCUCCUCGGAGUCGUACGGCGGUCAAUCACACAGCAGCGCUGUGGGAGAAAUGAAGCCCAAUGGCAAGGCUUCCCUCACCAAGCUCAAGAUCCCAACGCAGCCUGUCGAUGUUUCAGUGGGAGCAGAUGCGAGCUGUGUUGAUGAAAUAUUAAAGGAAAUGACUCAGGUCUGGCCUCCUCCACUAACAGCCAUUCACACGCCCUGCAAGACAGAGCUGUCAAAGUUUCCUUUCUCCACCUCCAAGGAUGCCCAGCACCUGUCUUUUGGGGCCCAAAAAAAACUCUCAGGAAAGAGCGCAUCCACCAGUCAGCCGUCUAAGCCCUCCGACAACGAGCAGUCCAACACACUGCAUGAAGAUCUGAAGCUCAGCAGCAGCGAAGACAGUGACGGAGAGCAAGAUCCUGCCAAAAACCCCUCGACAAGUAACAACAGUAAUAACAGCGAGGCUCCUGAACAAGUGGACACCAGCAGUCACAGCGGUUCAGAGAGCAGCUCCGGUUCAGACAGCGAGAGCGAGAGCAGCUCUACAGACAGUGAGAACAACGAACCACCUCGUCCUGCUUCACCCGAGCGGGAACAGCCCACGGCUAACAAAUGGCAGCUGGACAACUGGUUCAAGAAAGUCAACAAGUCGUCCCCUGCUUCUCCGGUGGAGAACAGCAGCACGACGGCAACAAAGUAUAAGAAAGAGGGGCGAGGAGAAAACUCCAGCAGGGUCUACAGUGGCUCGGGUUCAAAAGACACGGCGCCCUCUGCCGGGCGAGACCUUCGGCCAAACCAGAAGGGGCAAGACAGGCGAAGUCAGAGGUCUCCCGCUCAGAGCGAGGGGGGAAGUCAGAAGGGGCGGCGACUGGAGGUGGGCAAGAAGCAGCCUAAAAAGCCAGACAAGCCGCCUGUGGUGGAGGAGCCAAAGGGUGGGCUCAAGGUGGAGACCGAACCCUCGCCCGAGAUCCCGUCGCACAGAGUCCGUGCUCCCAACAAGGGCCUCCGCAAGCCCAACAUCAAGAAGGAGCCCAAAACCUCCUCCCCUCGCCCGGCGCAAGACAAACGCAAGAAACCGGCCAGCAAGUCGCGUGAGUUCAUAGAAUCCGAUUCGUCAGCGUCGGACUCGGAGGGCAACGAAAGCGUCCCCUCAUCUUCGCAGACGCCAAGAGAGCAGUAUGCAGAGAACCCGUCUGUCCUGUUCUCGCCUAUGCUUUCCCCGCUGAGCGACCAAGAAGGGAGGCUGCCGCCCAGACUGCUGGUGCAGAUCGACCUCAGUCUGCUGUCCAGAGUGCCUGGUCGAGUCUACAAGGAAACCGAGGUGAAAGCGGAGAGGGGCUCCCCUGCUGAAGGAAAAGACUUGCAGAAACAGCCGGGAGAAAAGGGAGCCAGCAAGGGGAAGAGAAAACACAAGAAUGAUGACGAUGGUCUCAAACCAGACGGUAAGAAGUCCAAACAGGAUGAAAAGUCGUCACACAAAUCGAGCAGUAAAGAGGUUCAUUCGGCUGAUCAUUACCUCCAAGAAGCGAAGAAACUGAAACACAACGCAGAUGCUCUGGUGAGGAAUCUUGAUUUAGGAAUCCCUUGGCAUUUUUUUUUAUAUUCCCAGGAGAAAAGCUCUAAAGCAGAGAAUCCCAUUGCAGUGCCACCCCUCUCUGAUGGCUCUAAAUCUAGGUCCAAACUCCUCUUUGAGGACAGGGUUCAUUCGGCUGAUCAUUACCUCCAAGAAGCGAAGAAACUGAAACACAACGCAGAUGCUCUGAUGGACAGGUUUGAGAAGGCCGUGUAUUAUCUGGAUGCUGUGGUGUCUUUCAUCGAGUGUGGAAACGCCCUGGAGAAAAGCGCCCAAGAGGCCAAAUCGCCCUUCCCCAUGUACGCAGAAACCGUGGAACUCAUCAAGUACACUAUGAAGCUGAAGAGCUACCUGGCGCCGGAUGCAACCUCUGCAGACAAAAGGCUAGCGGUGCUGUGCCUGAGGUGCCAAGCGCUCCUGUAUUUGAGGCUCUUCAAGCUACGCAAAGAAAGUGCACUGAAAUACUCUAAAACGCUCACUGAACACUUGAAGAAUUCGUUGAGUAAUAACCAAGCUCCGUCUCCUGGAGUAGCAAAUAAAGCGGCGGGAAUGCCGUCUCCGGUCUCUCCUAAACUGUCUCCUGGCAGUGCGGGCAGUUACUCCUCCAGCAGCUCCAGCCAGAGCACCAGCUCCUCCGUCACCAUCCCCCAGCGCAUCCACCAGAUGGCAGCCAGCUACGUCCAGGUCACCUCCAACUUCCUCUACGCCAUCGAGGUGUGGGAGCAAGCCGAACAGCUCGCCAAAGAGCAGAGAGAGUUCUUCUCCGAACUGGACAAGGCUAUGGGCCCGCUCAUCUUCAACACCAGCAGCAUGACUGACCUGGUGCGAUUCACGCGGCAGGGCCUGCACUGGCUACGACUGGACGCCAAGCUCGUACAGUAGAGCGGCCCUAUCCGUAGCCCCUCUAUGCCUACGCAAAGCCCUCACACACUCGUUCUGCCUCAGACAUCUCUGUGACACUGUGUUCAUCUCUACACCAGCUUGCCAAAAAUGGAAACACUCAGUGCCCCGCCCCUCCACCACAGACCCUAUGAAUAUUCAUGAGAGGGGAGGCGGCCAAUCCACACAACUGGCAGAGCGCUCAUACACUGCAUCGUCCGGCUCAUAUCAUUGGCUUGUUUAGCUAAAAAAAAAAAAGCCUGCUUUCUUACUUUGACUGUCUUUUUGGUUUAUUUUCUGCUAGCUAUAAGCAAACAAGAAUAAUAAUUGGAUGUUUAUAGCUUUUUAUUUCAACCAAAGUACCUCCCUUUAACCAAAGGUGCUUUAAAAUUGAAAUUUUCUCCUUUUAUCAUUUUAUUGUGCCUUGUAUUUGAUAUACAGGAAACCGAGAGACACAAUAUCUUGAAAGGUUUGACUUGUACGCAGGGUGUGGAUUGCCAAAGGCUUGUAAAACGAGAAGCAGAAAGAGCAUCAUGCACUCAGCAGAUAAUGAAUGCAGUGCUGACUGAUCGUCUUUCUUGUAUACAGGACCAAAAGACUGUUCGGCGCCAUAUCAAGGCAUUAUUACUAAUGUUUUUUUUUUGUUUGUUUCAUCCACAGACGCCAGAAAGGAAUUAUAGCCUGUCAUAUUUGUAUACGUCACUACCACAAACUCCCAGGCCAAGAUUUUUAUACGAAAUGUAGCGCUCGCAUAGGUGUCACUUUCUCGCUCUUGAUUUUCUGGUAUUAAACGCAGGAGUAUUUUAUUACCUUGGCUCAGCCUAAUAUAGAUUUUAUUUAGAUAACGGCAAAUCGCUUCGUUCCAGGUUGCGUUUUCACUCUUGGGCAUGGAUACAGGGUUGCAAUACGAGAGGAGAGCCGUAUUUCUAUUGUAUAUGAAAAUAUCAUAUUUAAAUAUUUAAUGUGAGUCUUGAGUUUGCGUUUAUAGUGUCGUAGUCACCUGUGUGUUGCAGUUCUUUUAAAAGACCGCAGUCAUGUGAGGAUAUAUUUAUGUGUUCUGUUGAGAAUAGCAGUUUAUGUAUGUACAUAUAGUGAUUUUAGCGCAGACCGACCCGUAAUCUAUACACGCAGUAAAUCAGAUCGAAACUUUGAUCGGUUUAGCAGCAGAAAGAGGAAGGUCAAGUGAAAAGUCAAUCCAAUGCUGGAAACUUCACUAGAAUCUUUCCUCUAAUUGGCUCCCAAACUGUUUUUUUUCUGUCUAUGCAGAUGUUUUUCUUGCUCGUUUGUGCAGUAGCUAACAAGGACUCCUGCCAAUUAAAAUGUUCAUCAGUUAAAGCAAACUUGUAGAGGUUAAACAUUUAAUGGCUGGCCACUAGAUAUACCACUGAUGCUGUUGUCAUGAGCAUCAUUUCAGCAUCAUUUUAAUUUAGAGAGUCAAUAAGUUCAUUGUGUUAUAGGGGUGAGGUCUGUUAAUUGUGCUUUUAUGUAAAUGAAUUCAUGCACUAAUGUGAUUUCUGUACCAGAUUCGUGAUGAUAAAGUAACUGCAUAUGAAUAUGGAUCGUUCCCAUGGCCUUUUUGCUUCUCCAGACAUGAAGGUGAUGUGCUGUCCUUUUUUUUUUUUUCCUUUUUUUCCUGUUUUUAUCUUUUCUACUAGAGUUCAUGGUAUUGCUUUAGAGGAUCAGACUGACUGAUUGAUUUAAAUCCAUAUUUAAUUUUCUUUGUGAUCAUAACUUUACCCAGGGUGAGAUACCUUGUUUUUUUUUUCUUCAUCCAGUUGAAAAAUAACACUCGCAUGUUUCUAUUUAAAUACUAAGCUGUACAGAUGUACAUAAAAAUUCUCUUUUAGGGUAAAUUUUUACGACGAUUUAACAUUUGUAUUAAUUGUAAAUAGAAUGUGAAUAUAUUAAAUGCACAUCUUCGUUACUGAAGUUUUUUUUUUUGUGAUGUCAUGUUCAGAUUUCCUGUGCUAUAUGAACAUGGCUUUCUGUCAUUUAAAUGGUGAUGUUGGUCAGGUUGAAAUGCAGUUGACUAUAAGAAAGAUCUGCCAUUAGUGACAGGAACUUCAUCGUUUUGAGCGGUUCUCGAUGUCUGUAUGUAGUACUCAUUUUAUAGUGAUCUCAAAACAAUCAUUGGCAAGCAGUAUAAAAUCAAUUUAGAUUUAAAAGUAUUAAGAGAUUGACGAGAAGAAAUCUACACAUAUAUAUAUAUAUAUAUAUAUAUAUUCAUAUAUGGAUGCAAUAUGAUUUAAAGGUACUC